GCUAUUGUCACCUUUGCUUGAAAUUGAGUAUAAUUAUAACAACUAACUUUUUCAUCAUUGCAAAAAUUUCUCCAACGUCCAACAGUUUCGCAUCUCUUAGUGCUUAUUCUCCCCGAUUUUCUCUCUCCAAAUUAAUAAUUUCCUACCUCACAUAUUUUUUUCAUUAAUUUCUUUUAAUUAUUUUCCACAAAUUACUUAAUUUGGGAAAAUGCUCUGUUUUUUCUAAUUAAUACUACUUGCCAUUUUUUUUUGGGUUUAUUUUAUCUUUUCUGUCAAUUUUAUCUCUCAAAUCUCCAUUAUCUGUCACAGCUGAAUGCAUGCCUUCUCCCAACAACAUUUCCAGUGAAGAGAUCUUAUAUGUCCUGUCAGCGUAGUUCAAGUUCUUAAAAUCUGUAAGAGACAGAGAAAGUGAGUGAUAAGCCGAGCUGCAAGUUUCCCAAUUGACAUGAUUCUCUAGCUCAAUUCAUAUAAGGGAUUUGCUCUGAGUGGACAAUCUGAUGAUGCUAGUCAUCAGGAAUUGUACAUGCUGAUAUCAACCGAGGGAGAAACAAAUCAAAAGCUGUAUUUACAAGCAUAAGGCCAUGGACGAACAAGGAAAUGGCAAGUUGGGUGGGAUUAGACAAAUUGUAAGGCUGAAAGAACUCCUCCAAAAAUGGCAAAAUGUCACUCUGAACUCAAGACAGCCUGACCAAGAUGAUCAUCUUCACCACGCAGGAAUCGCACCUGAAGUAACUAAGCGGUUGAAAAGUUCAGCCAUUGGAUGCGAUUCAGAUGAAGAAGGAUGUCCCAGCCCUGAACCACCUCCUGAUGUUCCCAAGGGAUAUCUGGCGGUUUACGUAGGGUCAGAGCUUCGAAGGUUCAUCAUCCCUACUGAUUAUCUUAGCCAUCAUCUUUUCAAAGUACUCCUUGAAAAGGCUGAGGAAGAGUUUGGAUUUGAUCAUGGUGGUGCUCUUACCAUUCCUUGUGAUAUCGAGAUCUUCAAGUAUCUCCUCAAGUGCAUCGAAAAUGAGAACAUGAAAAAGGGUGAACGUCCGGCUGAAGCAGUGGAAGAAUCUGCAUAAUGAAGAACAAGUUUAUGCAUGGUCCUUAUAGAGCGUUUGAAGCAUUUGGUUAUUCACCCCUAGUGUAAAUGAAGGUUUUUUGUAAGCAGCAUUUUCCUUUUCUUGUUUUUGGUAGGUAACUCGAGGUUUGAUUUAAGCUAAUCUUCUGGAUCAUCGUUGUUCCCCUCUUUUUUCUGGGGUUGAGGGAGGGUGGUAAACUAUUUGGUUGUGUUUUCUUGCUUUAGUAUGUUGGGAGACAAUGGAGAUAUUUCAAAUGUACUUGCCACGAUUUUCUGGGCAUGAAAGCAUGUAUCUCAUUUCAAAUACAAAGAACUGUUUUCUGGGUGUUAGUAAUUUUACGCUUGUAUAUAUAUGAGUUUCAAGAUAUGAUACGAGGUGAUCAUGUUUACCUUAUGUUUAUGUAAUUAAACGAGUUUUAGAUAUAAUUCACAUGCUGCUAAUUAACCAUAUGUGUAUAUAUUAUUCAUAACUGUUUUCUUUCAAAAAAAAAAAAAAAAAACAUACUCAUAACUGUUUGGCCGUGGAGCUUUAAAUAUGAUGGGAAGACCAUGGAUUUUUGGAUUGAUGUUCCUACAUAGAUCUAUAUAUUAUUCACUACUUGGUAGUGUUCGUUGAUGCUUCGUAUUUGAAGAUCUAAUUCAGGGAAGAGUUUUUAUCUAAUCCUAAGAGACGAUUGUACAACAACCUUGAGCAUCAUAGAUGGCGCGACACACAAGCUCAUAUUGAAGAGCCAACAACAAGAAGUUAACUGCAGUAGCUAGUUGAGCUUGAAUGCAAAUUUCUUCAAUUAUUAUAUUCACUUUCUUUUGUUCUUAUUUUUUGAUGUAUAGUGUUGUUGUACUUGUGUAUGUGAUUUCAGCAUUGUUGUAUAUAACGCCAACAAUCAUAAGAUGAAUUUGUAUCUAUGUA